CCUAUUCUAGAGAGAGAGAGAGAGAGGGGAAAUGGCCGGAGAGGAAGAGUGGAGGAAGAAUGCAGACACACACAAGAUGAGUCCAGAGGAAGUGAAGAAAGCAGGAGUGGAGGACUCGAGGCGGCCACCGGGCCACAACGCAGGAGGGGUGCUGCACCAGCGGCGCAGGUUACCCUUCAGCAACGCCGCCAUGGCUGUCGGCGGCUUCGUCGUCGUCGUCGCCAUCGGUUACGCGGUCUUGUACGCGCAUAAGAAGCCCGAGGCCAGCGCACGCGAUGUCGCGAAAGUCGCCACGAAUACGGCCAGGCCGGAGGAUACUCACCCCCGAGGGUAGGGUGCAUGUGUUUUGGUUUCCAUCUGUAUUUUUCCAAUAAUUGACGCUUUUGAGUUGGGGGUUUUGGUCAGUGUAAUUUGUUUCGGUUUUUUCGUUUAGAAAUGAAUAAGUUAGAGAAAUCAUUGAUGGUUUUAGUAGAAAAAAUUAGUAACGUUCCAUUCUUGUAAA